GCCGUCCUCCCGGCUCGAAUCGCUGCCACCUCCCGGCUCCUUGCUGCUCCGGACCGGUCCACUUUCCAGGACCUCUCUGUACGUGAUCACCUCCUUCUUCUCCUUCACUUUCUGAUCAAAAGACUUGGAGACAAAUGCUCUUCUAAAAAUGGGACGUCGUUCAUCAGACACUGAAGAAGAGAGUAGAAGUAAGAGGAAAAAAAAACAUCGAAGACGAUCCUCUUCAAGUAGUUCUUCGGAGAGCAGAACCUUCAGCCGAAAGAAAACAGGAAGGAAGUCAAGGUCAAAGUCAAGAUCUUGGUCUAGAGAUCUGCAGCCACGCUCACAUUCUUAUGACAGAAGACGCAGGCACCGUUCCAGUAGUAGCUCUUCUUAUGGAUCUAGAAGAAAACGAAGUCGGAGUAGAUCGAGGGGCCGAGGAAAAUCCUAUAGAUCUCAGAGAUCAAGGUCAAAAAGUAGAACAAGAAGGUCAAGGUCAAGGCCUCGUCCACGUUCCCAUAGUCGAAGCAGUGAACGAUCUGGCCACAGAAGGACACGUAGCCGAUCCCGUGAAAGAGACCGUCGUAAAGGCCGAGAAAAAGAAAAGAGAGAGAAGGAGAGAGAGAGAGGGAAGGAGAAGGAAUUACACAAUACCAAGCGUGGGGAUUCUGGAAACAUCAAAGCUGGAUUAGAACAUCUGCCACCUGCUGAACAAGCCAAAGCUAGACUACAACUGGUCCUUGAAGCUGCUGCUAAAGCUGAUGAAGCCCUGAAAGCAAAAGAGAGAAGUGAAGAAGAAGCAAAAAGAAGAAAAGUAGAAGACCAAGCCACCCUCGUAGAGCAAGUGAAACGCGUCAAAGAAAUUGAAGCAAUCGAAAGCGACUGCUUUGUUCAGCAGACAUUCAGAUCGAGUAAAGAAGUCAGGAAGCCCACCGACCCUGGCGAGGGGAAGCAGGAGCCGCCCACGCUAGGCAUGGUCCUCACUGACCCACCCCACUUGGAGAAGGAGCCGGAGCCCGGCAGCAUCCCAACCGCCAUCAAGUACCAGGACGAUAACUCGCUGGCUCAUCCCAAUCUAUUUAUUGAUAAGGCGGAAGCUGAGGAGAAGUGGUUCAAGAGAUUAAUUGCCCUUCGCCAAGAACGCCUCAUGGGCAGCCCUGUGGCCUGAGUGCCCGGAGCCCCAGCCUUGACUUCUUUAGAUACUGUGUUGGGGGGCGCCGAUCCGAAAGUGACGGGGAUGGGGGGUGGGGUUUGUUCAAUAAAGUAGCCAUUUCAGCCCA